CAUCAACUGUACAGUCAAGCUGGUCCACCAUGAGAUUUUGCAUCACAUCCGUGGAUAAAUCGAGAAAGAGCAUCGUAUAGCAAUAGCCUCUCGCAAACAAUUCUUUCCGGAGGAUCUCCCGAAUAUGGAUAGUCGUGAGGCCACCCAGUUUCGCAACAAGACAGUGCCUUUCUAUCUGCCCAUCGCAGAUGGUCCCAGAAGAGGGCUUGAAUAAAUGCUUUCUAUUAUUAUUUACAACUAUAUCUAUCGGCGAUGGUUUCAACCAUAUCGAACAAGCAUCUACCAGGGGCAAUUUAUUAUAAAUCAUACACCCAGAUCAUCAGGUCUUGACGUCAGAUCUCGACUCUGCAGUCAGCUUGGCAAUGCGUAUGCACACCAUGAUCAAUGAUCGCCUUGACUCUAUUGAGGCAGAGCCAUUCUAUACAACACUGCCACUAUUCAGAGCCAUAAUGAUUGUGGUUACAGGGCAGCUCUAUCCAACAUGUGGCAAUCUGAGAAAUAUCACCAAGAUGAGCGUCCUAGUUAUGGCCACUGGAGAGCAAGGCGGUCUCAGCCCAUCGACAACAUUUGACUCAAUCGCGAAUGGAGCCAAGCCUAUUUGCGUUGGGGGUUUAAACGGGGUAGAAACUGAUCUUGAGACUGCAAUUGAAUUUUUCAUGUCCUUGGAAAAGCGUAAAGAAGCUUCUUUUGGUCCGCAGCCCGACCCAGUUGCUGCGUUGGGGAGUCCGGCGUGUUCUCCGUGCCAAGGACGGUAUAAGCAGAGGCGAUCUUACGCAGACAGACUGAGAUGGAUGGGUGACACGAUUGUCGGUCCUAGGUCAGAGUGGGUUGAUACUGAGGAGUACAAAGGAUGGACAAGUGGUGGCGCCUAUGUCGAUGCUGGCAUGAUGACCUAGCGAGAGAAGAUCGUGUGGAAGCUGCAUGACAAAGAGUGCAUGUGUUAUGAUGAAACGGAGUAAAGAUGUGCGGUUCUGUAUUCAGAAGUCUUGAGUCAGACAAGGCAGCAUUGAUAACGUUGAAGCGAGCUUGAAGGACGUGCUCUUGAACCUCAAAGACGAUCAGGGACAAGGCUAACUCUUUGUCGGCAAGAUUGGCUCUUCUGGGUUUCAACUGCUUGAGACGCAAGGAAGAGUUUUUUUACGGACAAACACUG